AUGUAUCCUCGCCUUUCUGCUCAUCCCGUUAAGUUCGUUGCCAACGGCAUUGCUAGGCCACCCCCUCCUUCUCGUCCCUUUAAGGUCGUUGCUAGGCCCAUUACCAACCAACAAACUCCCCCUCCCGCUCGUCCCUUUCAGGCCGCUGUUAAGUCAGCUGUGCCAAUGGCUUCUAAGGCUGCCAUGCAGGAAGUCAUCGAACUCACAUCAGCUUCGGAAGGCUCGAAGGACGCAACAGCAGAGGAACCAGACACUGAAUAUGAAGAUGAUUUACGCGGGAAUAAACGGAAAUUAAAGUCAGGAAAUUCCUCCCGGACGUCCAAGAAGCGUGCUUCCUCAGAGGCUAUCAUUGAACCAAAGAAGGAAGUGGGGUCUUCUUCAGUUGACGAAGAACGCUCAUCUGGCAAUGAAGCUGCCCAGCCAGUUCGACCUGCAAUUCGCAUCCGGGACGGUACUUCCAAAGUGCAGCCAAAAUUCAAGGCACUCCCAAAACCAAAACGUGUGGCAAAGGAAUCACGGACAGCCAUGCACCGUGUACACCGAAGGAUGUAUACGGUCGAUUCGGAAGAGGAGGAUGCUCCAGGUCGAAUUGACUCGGAGGUUACAGCGGAUGCUGGAAAAGGUGCUACCACGCUUGCAGACCCUCAGCUCGAUGCUGCAGCUCAGCCAGUGAACCCUACCCCGAUUACACUGGCCUCUACUACAGAGGACAAUGUCUCCGGGCAACCGGAAGUCACGCCCAGUGUGGCUUCACAACCUCAGAGCUCUGAGCCACCCCAACCCUCAAACAGUACGAUCCAGACAACGUCUUCCCCUUUCACACCUAGCAACGAGGAGAAUGGAAAUUCCCAAGCUCGAUCUAUCAACCAUCCAUCUUCACGUCCUGCUGGGCAGAUGCCCCUUCCACAGCCUGAGCCGCUUCAGACUGAUAUUCAUAUCGAGGGAGCCGAACACUAUGCACGUUCUCCAUUGUUUUCACGUGAGGCUCCCAUCCCACGUGAGGCUUCUUUACACAUGCACGAGCUUCCCAGUCAUCCUCGUGAGCCUUCCGUGCCACUGCGAGAGCCUCUGCUUCGUCCUCGCGAGCCUUCCGUGCCACUGCGAGAGCCUCUGCUCCAUCCUCGUGAGCCUUCCGUGCCACUGCGAGAGCCUCUGCCUCAUCCUCGUGAGCCUUCUGUGCCAUUGCGAGAUCGCUCUGUACACCCUCGUGAUCACUCUGUGCGCCCUCGUGAGGGACCCUCCUACUCACACGAUGAUGCUCACUAUCGUGAUGCACAUGACACACUCUAUGAUCGCAAUGGUCCCCCUCGCACCCAUCCUCAUCCUUCUGGCAUCCUCAAUCCACAUGGCCUUCCACGCACCCGUAAUAUUGAAGAAGCUCGGUACGGUCGUGCACCCAUGGGAUUCAAUCAUCCAGGCUAUCCUUCUCGUUACGGCUCGCCUGCUGAAGGAUAUGACGACCGCUAUGAUGACCCUAGGUAUCCGUCAGACUCCUACUAUCAAGACAUGCGCAGUCAUGACCGGAGGUACUAUGGGGAUAAUAAUAGAUGGGCAGACCGCCGCUGA